AUGCAUGAUUGGGAGCCGUCACACCUCGUCGUGAUCGUGGUGCGGUGUGAAGCAAGCGGCAGAGAGCCACCCACGCCUGAGUGCAUGGCCUUAAGCCUCGCGUACGUGGGUGAAGUCUCGAUAAAUCGCAGACGGAAUCCGCUAAGGAGUGGGGUGUACACGACCUGGUCUUGUGGGAAUCGCAUCGGCGCCAACACAACAGGCUUUGUGAGUGAAAUCGUGCAGCCAAACGGGAAGUCGAGUGACUUCCACACCCUGUGCAACGCAAUGGAGGGCUCCUUGCGCGACGGUGACGGCGGAACACCCCCAGAGCACUCCUCCGGUGCACUUGCUCCCGCAGCCACUUCACCUCCUACAGCGUCCACGGAGGGAAACUCUACCAUCUGGUCCACGGGCACAACUGGGGCAACGGCGUCGACAAAUGACGCAAUGUUCCCAUAA